UAUAGAUUGAUAAAUGGCCACACCCGUUUUCAUUUGAUAUGACAGAAUAUAAUGAAAGAGAUUUUAAUACAAUUGUUAAAUAUUCAUGUAAAACUAAAAAUUUAACUUCGAAAAUUGCAAAAACAAUUAUAAUUGGUGAUGUUUCAGUUGGAAAAUCAUGUUUAAUAAAUCGAUUUUGUCACAAAAUUUUUGACAAUAAUUACAAAGCAACAAUUGGUGUAGAUUUUGAAGUAGAAAAAUUUGAUAUUCUUGGCGUACCUUUUCAUUUACAAAUAUGGGAUACAGCAGGUCAAGAAAGAUUUAAAUCCAUAGCUGCAUCUUAUUACAGAAAUUCAAAUGUGAUCAUGGUAGUUUUUGAUUUGGCUAAUUUAAUAUCAUUAGGACAUUGCGAACAAUGGUUAAAUGAAGCUGUUCAAUGUAAUACAGAACCAUAUCAUACAUUUUUAAUAGGCACAAAACAAGAUUUAUUGUCCAAUGAAAUAUAUAGAAUAAUAGAAAAACGAGCAGCCAAAGUAGCGCGGAAAAUGAAAGCUGAAUUUUGGGCUGUUUCCGCCAGAACUGGAGUCGGAAUAUCAGAACUAUUCACAAGAGUAGCUGCAUUAUCUUUCCAAUCCAUAAUUCUAAACGAAUUACAAAAUAUGAAGCCAGAAUCAAUUAACAUUGGUUCAAAUUUAAUAAGUAUGUAUUUUAUUCGAUUAUAAUUAUAAAGUGAAUGAAAA